AUGGCUACUAAGAAAAUCGGUAACGAGGGAAAAGCAACCGGAGUGUCUGCCUUGCGCGGACGUCCAUGUCACGUAAAUUUAAACUUUGCGCUUGUAUUUUCACUGUUAGGGCCUUGUAAGCAUGCACUCGGCAUGCGAAAUCGUAAGAUCCCCAACCACGCGAUCACAGCCUCUUCCAUGUGGGAUCGUAAUCACGCUCCAUACUUAGGGCGCCUGCACUUUACCGCUCGCGGAUCCCUUCAGGGCGGAUGGAGCGCGCGCCACAAUAAUCGUUAUCAGUACUUUCAAGUUGACUUCCGAAGGCCGACCAAGAUCACUGCCGUCGAUACGCAAGGGCGGCAGAACGCGAAUCAGUGGGUGACACAGUACCGACUCUCUUACAGCUGGGAUGGUUUGACAUGGGCUUAUUACAAGCUGAAAGACCAUAUAAAGGUAAGAUUAAAGAUAUUCUAAAGCAUGUGCUAAAACACCGAACAACGUGGAACGCCCAAACACCAAGAACAGAAAGAGCAUUUGGAAAAAAAACUUAGCUUAUUUGUGCUAGGGUUUUUUUUCCUUGUUGUUUUUCAUCAUUAUUAUUAGGGUUUCCUGGUUUUCUCGAGGUCAGUUCGGAUACUUUUUGACAUGUUCUUCGUUCCAGCUUUGAUAGCGUUUCGUUUUAUAGGUUUUAUGGCGCCUACUUAUCACAAUGUCCGCUAAAUGCUGGUAUCAAGGCUGCCAAUAGCCGAUAUUGGAGAAUUUUGUUAAAAUUUUGUUUAAGUUUAAAGGGUAAACUCGCCAUUAGGAAAAAGGGAAGGGAUUCUUGGUUUGCAAGCAAGUGACAACGCGGCUAUGUUGGUGGUCAAUACAACAUAAUUUUUUCUCGAAGAAUUUACAUGAAAAUGGAGUUCAGUUCCCGGAGGAGAGAAAUGCUUUUGUUCUUGACCACCAACAUGGCCGCCGUGAAGUCACGUGCAAACCAGCUAUAGAGAAAGGAAAGGGAGAAGAGGAAGAUAAAGAGCAGAAUAUAUUUCGCUGAAAUUUUGCUUUGUAAAUCUCGCCCCAUGUACAGUGUAAGGGAAUCCAGAUUCCGGAAUCAGGGAAAUUUUUGGUUGUGGAAUGCGGAAUACAGGUCAAGGAAUGCCGAAUCCCAUUAACGAUUGGAAUCCAGAAUCCAAGUUCCACUUUCAAAUAAUCCGGAAUCCAGUAGCUGGAGUCCGGAAUCAAUUGAGUGGAAUACCUGAGUAGAAUCCAUCCUUUACAUGUUGCAAUAAAUAAUUAGGAGAUAAAAUAGCACAAAAAUUACAAGAAAGUAUCCUAUCUCAGUUUGACUACGAUAGCUUUAAACACUUUUUAUUCGUGAUAUUUAGUACUUCCCAGGAAACAAAGAUAGAAACACGGUGAAAAGUAACACUCUCAGCACACCAAUCAGAGCACGUUACGUCAGAAUUAGACCUUGGAGUUGGUACGGGCAUAUUUCUAUGCGAGUGGAACUCUACGGAUGCUACAUUGGUAAGAUUGAACUCAGACUGCGCCCUAGUUCCUUCUAUAGAGCUUUUUCACAUGUCACGUCGGUCAUGUUGGUGUACCAAGACAACCAUGUGGCCCGAACUUGAAGAAAACGUUUCUUAUGCAGCCAAACUCUUUCUUUUGUUCUACACUUAAGAAAUGAAGAAAGCCAUGGUUCACGUGGGUAAAACCACUCUAAAAGCAACUGCAGGGACUGAUUAUAGUUGAUCACACCUCCUUCUUUUGCGUUAUGUCAGAAACGUACACUAAAAUAAAAACGAGUACUUUUUUUUCAGAUGUACACGGAUUUUGAAUGUCGUGGAUUAAAAAAAGUUCACAACAUUCUUUCAGUGCCGGUGUGGCUGUCUUAUUGAGCCAUCAUUUAGGCUAUUUCUUCUUCGCUAAAGUAAGGUUUUAAAAUCUUCCAGUCUUUUUGUCACUCUGCACAGCCAAAAUAGUUGAGCAGACACGCCGCUAUCUUUACGUUAUAUCAAUGGUUCUCAAUAAUCUGUAAUCACUAGAUGAUUAACGUAAAUCUUCCAAUUUUGGGGAACGUUGUAGGUCUCGAAAAAUUAGCCUGAGGCUUAGAAGUUAAUCAGAAGUGGAGAAGUUUUUUGAAAGUAUGAUAAAGACGUUUGUCUACCAGACAAACUAACAGACAGGAGACAAUUUUGUAACACUAAGUUUUUCCGCAGAUCGAUGUUCCAUGCCCCUCGGUGCCGAAGACGGUCGUUUAGUCCCAGGCUAUUUCUCAGCCUCUACAUAUUACAAUCACUACCUGGCCCCAUGGCACGGGAGAGUAAAUCACCGCUGGUCAUGGAGCGCGCGCUACCGCAGGCACGGUCAGUGGCUGCAAAUUUCACUGGGCGGAAGCUCUACUAUCAAAGCUAUUGCUACACAAGGAAGGCAAGACGCUCAUCAGUGGGUGACGAAGUACACUGUUGGUCGCAGUGUUGACGGCAUGAGAUUUGUUCAUUAUACCGAAGGACGAAAACGAAAGGUAAGGAGGAAGUGUCACCAAAAUUGUGUAAUUCUGCUGUAAGCUAUCAUUUUCCUUCUCAAUCAUCCUUAAUCUGAUUUCAUCGGAAAUUUUGCAGGUAAGAGAUGAUGAGGGGUAGAAUAUGUAAUAGAUGAGUCCGCGAUACGCCCACGGAGCGUGAGUCGUGUCUUUAAUUGCGGGCGACAAGAGGAGCCCGCAAUCCUAAUCUCCAGGUUAUUAUUACGCAUGCCUCGCAUGUAUGUAGCCAGCAUUCGUUUGGACUUCCACUUCGAACGUAUGGAAUGCACAGAACGUACCUUGAUAACGCGCGUUUGGACCUUCUAUCACUGGUAAUCUGAUCACGCGUGUUUUGAGCAUCUGUCACGUGAAACGUACGCAAAGCGCAGCGCUGGAGCAAAAGUGUUUUGACCUUCGAUCAUUGUCGCCCGCACUCCGUCACCUUUGGUUAUUACUAGUUAUAAAUUUUACGCAAGGAAACCCUAGUGCACAUUUAAUUUGCCCUGUUCCUCCGAAAUCCUGAUAAAAAGCCUGAUGAAGGGACUGUAUCAAAUUUAGUCUGUGUGCUAAUAUUCUGUGAUACGAUCAUUAAAACUUAAAUUAGAUUUCGUGGCUUCUCUUUUAAGUUAUUUCCAGGUAAUAUCAAUCGGUUUGGAAUCGUAUUUCACCGCAUAAAAAGACCAUUUGUAGCCAGCCAUGUCCGUUUUUACCCUCGCUCAUGGUACAGCUGGAUCUCGAUGAGAGUUGAACUCUAUGGAUGUCCAACAGGUACGAUCUCCUUGGUUUUAUAACUGUAAAGGUAACACUUCCCAGCUGCGUUAUUUUUGAACAUUUAAGAAAACGAAGCUAUUAUAAAGUAGGGCUAUGCUCACACCAUACCGGAUACCUGUAUACCUGUAUAUCUUUCGUGCCUGUAUAGCAUGAACAGCAGUACAGAACUGGAUCAGAUAUUUCACACACUUCAAACAUCGUUCCGGAGUGGUUGACCGACCACCUCAGUGGUUCCAGUGCUCCGUUCACACUGCACCAAAGUGUGAAACAGAACCUAUCCAAUAUGUGACGCUCCAUUUAUGAGAUCGGCGCGGCGCCGCGCAGCUUCGCUCCAUCACAGAAAUCGCGCCGAAAUCACCGUUCUUGUGUGUGAACCGAGGCCCUAUCCGGUAUGAGGUGUAUCCAGUGUAAACAUAGCCAUAGGCAAAAGCGACAUUAGCUCUAAAAAUACACUGAAAACCGCGUUUUAUACUCUUAAUGCUUUUUACAUUUAUAAUCUUCAUAGCUGGAUACUGUAAUCGCCCUCUUGGUCUCCAAAACCGACGGCUUAAGAACAACCAGAUCACAGCUUCGUCUUCGUAUCCAGGCCUCCCUACUUGGCGCGCAAGACUGCACCAUGCGCAGGCCUGGUGCUCUAGGUAUAACAACCACAACCAGUGGAUAAAGUUUGAUUUUGUGAGUGUUACCAAGGUAACAGGAGUGGCUGUGCAGGGGAGGUCUAAUGCGCACCAAUGGGUCACCAGGUAUUUGCUGUAUUUCAGUCAAGACAACGUUCAUUGGGCCGUGUACAGGUACAAGAGUAACGACAAGGUAAGACUAAUGCCAAUCACUAAUUUUUUUUAAAAGGAAACUGUUUUACACUUGAGUUGCCUUGCAAUGUGUCUAUACUUUAGCCAGAGCCACCUACACAAAUUUGACCAACCGCAUUAAAGGAAAAUAACAAUACAUUCCGAGACAGUAGCCUUUUGAGUCAAUGAGCAGUUCAUUAGAAACCAUAACAAAGGUUACUUCAAACACAAAUUUAAAUAUUGAUAGCAAACUUGUCCAAAGACAAAUUUAUUAUCAGGCCAUAUUUUUCGUGAUUGAAACUUAAGAUCAAGCGCUCAAGAAAUAUAUUUAAGUAUCACAAAGUGCACAUUUUGUCAUUUACUAGAGAUUUCUUUGCUAGACAAAGCUGGCAUUUUGUCAUUUUUGUCAUUCCAGAACAUGAAACGUUUUGGUAUUACCCACUGGUGCUUAGGUCACGUUUCUAACUGAACGUUAUCGCCAACUAAACGUUUUCUGCAAGAUUUUAUCCUACUUAGAUCCCAGUAAAAAAGAAAUGCAGUCCGAAGGGAAAGGAAUGAAUGGAUUCGAUAAAAAUAUUCGCUUUGUGAGCCAGAAUUAAAAAGCUCUGAAAUACAAACAAGGUAUUUCCUAGUACUUUUUGGUGGUAACUAUAAAACGGGCUCAGCUACUGGGAAAAACGUCCAGGCAAGGACGCUUGAGUUAAUGAAUGUACUGUCUUGUCCUUCUCUGUGUUGUUUCUUUCGCAGUAUUUUCCAGGAUCUCGCGACAAAGACUCCGUGCGAACACAGCCAAUAAAUCCACCAAUCAUAGCGAAAUUCAUCAGGCUUCGACCCCGUGGUUGGCGCAGUCAUAUCUGUAUGAGAGUGGAAUUCUAUGGCUGUCCUGCAGGUACUAAUUUUACUCAAAUGAGUAAACUUUUAUACAGAAAAUAUUGCGAUAGAAGAGAACGCAAGUAAAAUGAAUAUUUGCAUUUUUCACAGAGAAUGCAUAAAACUACAAAAGGGCAGUUUACGAAAUAAAAUGUCUUUCAGUAAACUCCAUUGUAAGGGUGAUUUUUUUGUGUCAAAGAUUUCGACCAAUCAUAAGAGUUGCGAAAAUUAGCCAGAAAAGAUUUCAAUUUACAUGUUCCUCACAUAGUCUUUGUUACUUAGACUCAGACGAGAUUUUGUUUUAAAGAAGUUACAGUAGUUAGAAAACAAAGGACUAAUAUACCAAAGUAUAUCAUUAAUUUAAUUUAUUUUACGCUUUGCGAAGAUUUCGUAAAAUUUAAUGUUUAAACUAAUCAGAAGUGAAGUAGAGACAAUAGUAAAGUAAGCAACUUUUGCAUUCCGACGAGUUAACUGCGUUUGGUUCUUUCCUUCUUAUCUGGACCAUUCUCGCUUUUUAUAUAAUGAGGCAACGCUUUCUCAAAAUGCAAAUAUGGUCUAUUUCAAUAGUAUAUAUCAAAAGCUUUCUGAAAAGACUUAUUUUUUCCGAACUAAAUUAUCAUUAGCACCACUUUGUAACUGUGAAUUUCUUAUUUAUAGACCGUUGUCUCGUACCCCUUGGAAUGGAAGAUGGCCGCAUUACGAGGAAGCGACUUCGCGCUUCUUCCAUGUACAAUAAGUUUUAUGGACCCAAUAGCGCAAGACUUCAAGCGCGGAACUAUGGUUCCGUACGAGGCGGAUGGAUAGCUCGCUAUAGAAACAGUCAGCAGUGGAUCCAGGUUGAUUUAGAGAGAGUCUCCACUGUAAAAGCCGUGGCGACACAAGGUCGCAUUGAUGCAAACCAAUGGGUGAAGUCCUACAUAAUUACGUUCAGCAAAAAUGGAAGGCGCUUUUUUCCUUACAAAGAAGGGAGGAAAAUAAAGGUAGGUUCUCUUUAAACAAGACUAUAUUAGGUAUGAGGUCUCGAGAGCCCGAAAUAGCCCUUCGAAGCUCGCUCGAUACGUGACGAUUGACUGAAAACAAAAGCAAAGCGCUUGGCAUCAUGGGGAAGGAAGAAAGGCCUCCUUUCACAGCCCCAUCGCCCUUUGCACAUGAGAACUGGAUAGACCUUAGGUUUGAUGAGCGAGCCCGUGGGCACGGCAAGGUGACAAUGGUAGUAUCGUAGGGCUGAAAACAGUCGUGAUUUUUUCCUUAAUACUUGAAUCUCUCUUGGUAAGCUAUGAGGAAAUAAAAUGGGAAAUAGGACAUCAAGUUCUUGAACGAAUUCAAUAAAUUUGAUUCUUUGCCCACAAAAUGUCAUUUCAAAAUUAAAAAGACAGUAAAAAGAAAAAAAACCUUCGGAUAAAGCUUGCCUAACAAUAACAAAUUCAGGGUACAUAUAGAGUUAUUUGGUUAGUUUGUAGUUUGUCCCGUCCUGGUCUCGUAUUUGCCAUAUAUUUAUUUUGUUUUUGUCGUCACCUACAUCAUUCGUUAUCACUGCUUUAGUUAACGUUAUUAUUAAAUAGAAAUUUACCUUCGAAACUUUUUUGUCUGUGUAAAAAUGAUUUGACUCUUCAACGAAAACUGUAAAGGCAUUCACACUUGAAAACUAAGAGAGUGUGGUCCACUUAUUCCCAGACUGAGUAAAUAAUCACUUGGUCUCGAUUUUUUCCAGCUCUUUAAUGGCAACAGUGAAAGAAACCAUGUUGUUACACAUCAGUUUAGAAUUCCAUUCAAGGCCCGCUAUGUGCGGCUUCACCCAAGAACCUGGUUCAGUUAUAUAUCGUUGAGAAUGGAAUUGUAUGGUUGUCGACAUGGUAAGUCUUUUAGUAAAAACUCUACCUGGCUAAACUACUUUCUGACUUAAAAACGCAUUCUGUCAUAAGAGCUGGACAGAUAACAUUUGCAAGUUAGUUUUGCGAUCGACUCCUAGCAUAGCCCUGAAAGAACUUCUUGUUUUGAACGUUUUGCAAAUCAAAAUCUCCCGACAUGAUUUCAGAACUCUUCGCAUGAUGAAUUCGAGUAUGGCUCCUUUACAGCUGUAACUGUGACAUCAUGGAGCGUAAUGAAGUUCCAGCACUAGACAGGAAAUUUUUUUGAUAGCUCCCUUGAAAUUAUUAACGGCUGGAGAGGGACCAAAUGGAGGAAAGACAAGUUCUUAGCCAAAAACUGCUUAAACAGCCUUAUUUGCUUUUGCGCGCAAAGAAGCAUCGCUUGAAAUCCUUCCUCUAAUAUAUGUAAAAUAGACUUUCUGGGAGCUUAUAGUACUUGUGUUUUCUACACGAGGACAAUCAUUCAUGAUCACCUCUGUUUCGGUAAGCUAUGGUUACCUCUGACGAGUCACUUACCACAAAGAUGUGAUCAAAACAGUAUUCACUUGUUAGAUUUGGUGCGCCAUUUAUUACCCUUUUUCACACUAUAUAUGUAACUAUUUCAGGUGCUUUGUGUAAUCGUCCGAUGGGUAUGCAAAAUGGGCGUAUCCCUAACAGCAGAAUCACCGCUUCAUCUAAUUGGGACAGAUACCAUGCCAGUUUCCGCGCCAGGCUGCACCAUUCUCGAACUGGGCGCUACGUUGGGGCUUGGUGUGCCAAAACUAACAACCGCUAUCAAUGGCUUCAGGUUCAGUAAAAUUUUACAAUUAUCUCAAAGGUGGACUGCAUUGAUAAAAAAGGGCGUUUAAGAACGUCUAAUUCUCUCUGGAGUUCUUUAGUUGUUCAUAAAAGUGUCACAAAGCUUAAGAAUUUCUAGGUUUUCUAAAUUCCUAGAUUUUUUUAAUCCGCAAAAUUCUUUGUCUUCACCAUCAUGGUAGUAGAUCUUCAAGAUAGAGGCACGCAAAGUCGCUGAUUUCAUCAGCCGCUGGUGGAAAUUAUACUCUGUCCUGAUUGAUUGAGUUAUUCUUUAGCCUGCGCGCAUUGAAGAGAUAGAUGAAUAAACUGAAAAAUUAGAAACAUUUAACCCUGACCAAGGUGAAUUAUGAUAGACUCUCCUAGAAGCCUUGUUCAGGAGAGAAGACUCGGAAAGAAAGGGAAUCCUAGGCACUAGAUUGGCGCUCUAGGAAUCUUGACUGUGAUUCUGCCACUCUUUUCUUGCAUGCAGGUGGACUUUUUAAAGGCUGCCAUAAUCAUCAGGAUAGCCACACAAGGAAGACAGGAUUACAGACAGUGGGUUACUCAAUACUAUCUGAGGCACUCGGUAGACGGCGUCUACUUUGUUGACUACAAACAGAGAAACUCGAGAAAGGUAGUCUAAGAAGACUCUCGAAAAUUAUGGGUACAAGCACGAAGGAUAUAAAUUGUUGUCUUAAAUAUUGGUAAUUCACCUCUUACCCACUAGGCCAAAAUAGUCGAAAAUCGAAGAAUUAGUUUGAGAAUGAAGAGAUCUACAGUUAAGUUUUGCAAGUCUUGUGAUAAAUUCGCGUUUCGUAAAAAACGGUCCAAUGAUUCGAAGUAUCACAACGUUAAAGUCAGGAAUAGUGAUAAACCAUGGAGAUAUACAAGCUUGAUUUUCAAGCGUUUGUGGAACGUUUAACAAUCAGUCUUACAGCCCUUUACUUCAUUUAUCUUAAAACAGUAUUUCACUGGCAACAGAGAUCAAAACACUGUGAAAUCUUACGCAUUGGUCCCGAACAUCAGAGCGCGGUUUAUUCGUAUAAGGCCUUGGGGUUGGUAUGGACACAUCUCCAUGAGAGCAGAGUUCUACGGAUGCCUAACAGGUUCGUGAACACGAUUAAAAAUUAUUGGAUGAAACUGAGUAUGAUAUGAAGAAUUAUGCAGAUGCCGGAGGAUGCCAUAACCUCCGAGAGGAGCGGUGGAGGCCGGAUUUCUACGCGGUCGUCCCAGAUUCAAUUCUUCGUUCUGUUUACUGUCUGGAGUUCUUCCUGGUAGUUUCAAAUUCAACUCCUCGGUCAUUUUAUAGCAAACUGAAUUGUUUACAACUUGUUGGGUUUCUUAUUCGGUGUUUGAUUUUGCAAUAUUUGUUUGUAUCGUUGCUUGUGGGUCACAAUUAUAACAACUGGACUCACAGAAAUUGUGUCACCCAUGUGAAGUCAUUUUUCUUGUUACCAAAAUAGUACGAGUGUCAGGUUUUUGAGGACAGUUUUGGACAAUGUUGACCUCAUGUCCACCAUCUUUAAGAGGGUAGACGGAGGAAAAUUAUCAUCUAUCUGUUAAGUGGUUCUUCCUGAUAUAAAAAUGUCCCGUGGGCAGUGCCGAUCCAGACUGUGAGGGGAGGUCCCUCUCAAUCAGACGUUGAGUGAGGGAGGUGGAAAGGUUGGAUCUGGAACUUGAAAUAAGGCGGUGGGCCUCAUGGACCCGUCCUCUAGUCGGAUCGAAACAGGCACUGAACUGUCUGAAGAAAAUACUCAUGUCCUAACUAUUUUCAUUUUCUGUUUCUAAAAACCUAAUAAAUGUUGAUUUUGAUAAAGAUCGUUGCAAGCUGCCCCUCGGAAUGGAAGACUCGCAUAUCCCUAGUGGUGCACUCCAGGCCUCGUCAAUCUGGAACUACAACCACGGUCCAGAUCGUGCGCGGAUAAAUCAACCUUCAGGGCACGGUCGAGCAGGAGCGUGGGUAGCAAAACAUAGAAACACGCGACAGUGGCUGCAGGUGGACUUGCGCCGACCGGCCAAGGUUACAGGCGUGGCUACACAGGGUCGUCAUGAUUACAGUCAGUGGGUGACACGUUAUACGGUAUCAUACAGCUUAAAUGGGAAAGUGUUCAAGUCGUAUCUUGAGUAUGGAAGAUACAAGGUGGGUAAUACAAUUUAAACAUUUUGAGGCUAAAAUCAUUAAGUUAUUUAUUUCAAAAUAACGUGUAUAGUUAGUGGUGCGUAACAGUUAAUCGGCGAGAGGCAAAACUGCGAGACGCGAAAAGCAAGGGCGUCAGACUCCAAUCGCGCUCGUGACUCAGUAUUUGAGACUUUUCUCGUCGUCGAGAGUGAACCCUGUUUGUAGCUUAAUGAACAUAUUUAAUAUAUAGAUUUAGCCAGGGCUAAAAGCGAAGCUCCCAUUUAUAAAUUUAUAAUUUAGAUCAAACAAUAAACCUGUAAUCUACAAAUCGGUUUACUUAAGGGCACAUAUGUGACUUUUUAGGGAAAGCUAAGGCUAAGUGAUUUUAGAGUGAAAAAAAAUCUUACAUCGAGUUGAUAGCCUUAUAUGUACACCCAAAAAAUAGCAAUCAUCUUCGAUCACAUUUAAGAGCCAUGAUGGCUCUUGAUCACAGUAGAUUAGGCCUGGAAAACGAAUUCUUGGAAAACAAAUCAGGCCGAAUUUUUGACGUUCGACAAGUUUACUUAACAAAAUCUUGCAAACAAAACUGGGUGCGUGUAAACCAACAUUUCAUACUUUUUAUACAUCACAUCUGAGGUGAAACAGUAAUAUGAGGCGCUGUUUUUAUCAUACAGACCUCAGACAAAAUGCAGUAUUUCACAAUUUUUCAAGACAAAUAUUCAGAACCAUCGAAGCACACUUUGGCUUUUAGCAAAACCGUUCAAAAAAUUUCAAAAAACUCCUAUACGGCCAGCCGGUUCUCACUUUUGACAAGCGCCAAAUUUUCAGUAAGCAUUGAAAGAGUUACGCUUCAAUAUAAUAAAGAAUUUAUUGUGUUUAUUUUUCAUUUAAUGAUUUUAAAACGAUGUGUAAUCUUAAAAAGCAUUUGAUACGCGCGGCAUUUUGAGUACUCCUGCAAGCGAUGUUUAUGAACGACUGAAAACAAACGGCAAAGUGUUUAAAAUUGCAAGAGACUACUAACGAUCAAUAAAAGAAAUAUAAUUCGGUGAAACAUUUACAGAGACAAAAAUUUUCAUUCACGAAGACAAGUAUUAAAGCGUCUCUAAAAAUCCUAAGUCCUUAAGCUGAAGCUUAAAGCUUUUAGCCGGCUUCCCCGUGUUUACUGUUUUCAAAGAUGAACUCGAGGCAAGAAAAUCGCUCAAAGCUUUCUUUCUACAGCCAAAAUUAUAACUAAAUACUCUUCAGAACAUUUUUCUUUCUACUUGCGGAGAGAAAAUAUCGACUAAAGGUUUUUUAAAGUUCUGUAAGCUUAGGUUCUCAUACUAGGUCAGAUCAUUGUCUCAGAUCUUAAUACAAACGUGCAUAAACUAGCCUCAUAAACUGCGCUCGACUUCAUGAAAUUAGAUAUACAAAAAACAAACACAAUAAUUACUCCAGACUUACCAUUCGAGAUGCAGCUCCUGAAAGCCGCUUGAGGGACUUUUCAACCCGCAUCCAGCAAGGUGAAAAAUGAAAACGAUGUCAUCCGAAAUCGGAUUUGGACAAGCGGCGCAUUUCUCAACCAAAAAUUCAGUAAACAAACCAGCCAUGAAUAACAGAAGACUGUUGAUAGCAGCUGUAUUUCAUUUUGUGCAUCCAGUGGGAAAAGACAGUAAAAAACAUCACAAGUUGACAAAAAACUCUGUCAGCUUCAGCUGUCAAAGUAAACAAGUUUCAAGAUGCUGCAUUUCUCAACCAAAAACCCAAUAAACAAACCAGCCAUGAAUAACAGAAGACUCUUGAUAGCAGCUGUAUUUCAUUUUGUGCAUCCAGUGGGAAAAGACAGUAAAAAACAUCACAAGUUGACAAAAAACUCUGUCAGCUUCAGCUGUCAAAGUAAACAAGUUUCAAGAUGCUGCAUUUCUCAACCAAAAACCCAAUAAACAAACCAGCCAUGAAUAACAGAAGACUCUUGAUAGCAGCUGUAUUUCAUUUUGUACAUCCAGUGGAGAAUGACAUUAAAAAAAACAUCACAAGGUGAGACAAAACUCUGUCAGCUUCAGCUGUCAAAAGUAAACAAGUUUCAAGAUGCUGCAUAAAUUUUCCGCAUGAACUCACCUGUCAAAUUUUGACCAAUCAGAGCAUAAAAAUUGGACGUAGAGCGUGACCAACGCGUGUCCAUGAUAACAAAAGGUCUUCUCCGCCUGUGUUUUUAAAUAACUGGCUGAAUUUUCGUGUCCGAGGUAAGUUUGAAAUCAAAAUCUUAAUAGUGCUGGGCCAUAGUGACAUAAACACGACAUAUUUCAUAUAAAUUUUUAAAAAAACAAACUUGAGCUUGCGAUCAUUUGAAAACUAGUAACUUGUCAGGGGAAAACUUCAAAAAAUACUUGACCUCGAUGGGUCGACACCUGAGCCCGCGAUACGGUCAGGUGAUACUGGUCAGCGGAUACCCUGUUUUGACAGCUGUCAAUUGAUCACAACAUUGAUGUGCAAUCACUUUUCUCCCGGGCUCCCAAACUAGCUAGAAAGUGUGACAGUAAACAUUGGUAUGCCUGUGGUGCGGACGGACGGUCGUUCGUUCGUUCGUUCGUUCGGUGUACGGUCACGUGAUAACCAAAUUUUCUGGGAUGGGUAGAUUUACUUAGCUAUGGGGCUUCGCGCGCGCGUGGAGCUCUGCUAUAAUUUUUGUUAAAUGCUCAACCUUCCUUUUUCUCCGCAGCUGUUUCAGGGAAAUCUCGACCGCUUUUCCAUUGUUGCGCACGACCUUGCUCCUCCAAUCAGAGCCAGGUUUGUUCGGUUUCACGUGAAGAAGUAUCGCAGUUUUCCAGCCCUAAGAGUGGAAAUUUACGGCUGUUACUAUGGAGGGGGUAAGUAGAAACAUAACAUGAUAAAAAUAAUGGAACUCCAAAAGAAAUCGGCCAUUUUGAGGUUCUACGUGGGACUGGGUCUUUGUUGUGUCAAAUUGCAUCAUGGCAUGUGCUUUCGGGACGUCUUUUUAUUGGCUAUCAUAAGGUUGCUAGGGAAACUGUUUCAAGAUUUGCUCAGUUUAAACAAUUCCAUAGCGCAAUGCCACACAACAUUGACCCAGUUUCCAGCAGAACGCGUCAGAUUGUCUGAGGACGGCAACAAAAACGCUUACGUUUAUGCGUGCGUGCAUCUGUGUUCAGCGAUCUUGUGUUGAUUCAUAGACGUAUAUAUAUGUUUUUUUGAAACAAAACAAUAGCAGGAAACCUUAAUUUUUGUUGUUUGAAUUUGUUCAUUACGUUUAGCUUUUCACCUUUAAAAAGGGGUAAAAGAUUAUUAAGACAUGUACGAAUACGAUCGAAGUCUACGUGAAAUGACCAAGCGUUAAGAAAUUUCUAUAAGAGACUGCGUUUCUUCGAGUGAGAGUGGAAAGCCUGCGAUUCGUUACUGAAUGCACUUGUUUUCGCCAUGGAAAUACUUUAACAGUGUGUCCAAGCCAUUUCUAUUAUGCGCUUCCUUUUGAGUAGUCCCUCUUUGUUUUCGUAGAA